AUGUGGCCCAACAUUAGUGCUACUCCUUUUCUGCUGACUGGCUUCCCACAUAUGGAGGCAGCCCACUGUUGGCUUUCCGUCCCUUUCUUUGUCAUCUAUGUCUCUGUGUUUCUGGGCAAUGGCACAUUACUCCAUCUCAUUAAAAAUGAUUACAGACUCCAGGAACCCAUGUACUAUUUCCUGGCCAUGCUGGCAGGCACAGAUCUCACAGUGACAUUGACUACAAUGCCUACCGUAAUGGGGGUCUUAUGGGUGAAUCACAGGGAGAUAAGCCACGGGGCCUGCUUCUUACAGGCCUAUUUCAUUCACUCCCUUUCCAUUGUGGAAUCAGGUGUCUUACUUGCCAUGGCCUAUGACCGUUUCAUUGCCAUCCGUACCCCUCUGAGGUACAACUCCCUUCUUACCAAUUCCAAGGUGAUGAAGAUAGGGCUAGGGAUACUGUUGAGGGGCUUUGUAUCUCUCCUACCCCCAAUUCUGCCGCUCUACUGGUUCCCCUAUUGUCAUUCCCAUGUUCUUUCCCAUGCCUUUUGCCUCCACCAGGAUGUCAUGAAACUUGCCUGUGCAGAUAUUACUUUUAAUCGCUUAUACCCGGUUGUUCUGGUUGCUUUCACUUUCUUUCUGGACGCUUUAAUCAUUUUCUUUUCUUAUGUGCUAAUUCUUAAGACAGUGAUGGGCAUCGCCUCUGGAGAGGAGCGAGCUAAGGCCCUCAGCACUUGUGUCUCGCAUAUCAGCUGUGUCCUGGUGUUCUACCUCACUGUGAUUGGUCUGACCUUCAUCCACAGGUUUGGGAAACACGCCCCCGAUGUGGUCCAUAUUACCAUGAGCUACGUCUACUUUCUCUUUCCUCCAUUCAUGAACCCCAUUAUAUAUAGCAUCAAGACUAAGCAGAUUCAAAGAAGUAUCUUUCAUCUUUUCUCUGUGUACAACAGGGCUUGA